ACAGCCUCUCCGCCCCCGGGACACGAUCGAAAAUUCCGAAGGCAACAGGAGCGCCACAAGCGCCCGCUUUCUUAAAGCGCGGUUUCUGCGGAGGGCGGAGGCUAUUGUCAUGGUAAAUUUCACUCGCUGAGGAAGAAAGGGUAGAUGAUCGAUCAAAAAGGAGGUACUCCUUUGCGCUUCUGCCGCUUUCUGCCUACACCGCAGCGUGAAAGGCUUUUUUUACUUUUCUCGGUUAAAAACAAAAACAAAACAAAACACAGAAAAGGCUCUGGCGCGUGUGCGAGCCUACAGCAGUCUGCGGUGACCCUGGAGGACGUCCGUGCGAACGCAGUGGGCAGACCCCACUGGGGACUUCCGCGAGAGCCCCCGAAUUCCAGCAGGUCUACCCGGAGAAGCGCGGACGGCCCGGUCCCCGGUCCGCAUCCCCGGGGAGCCGCGAGCCACGCCGCCCCGGCUGCGCAGGUUUCUCCCCGCCCGCGGGUGGCGCGCUGGCUGAUCUAGCCCCAGCAGGGAAGCUCGGCUCGCCUCCAUCUGGGUCAGGCACUUUAAAAACGGAAGCCGACUUGAGCAUGUGUCGGGCGCGAUGAGGACCCCCGAGAACUUGGAGGAGCCUAGCUCCACACCGAACCCCAGCAGGACCCCCCAGGAGAGGUUCGUUUAUCUGGAAGCGCUCCUAGAGGGAGGGGCCCCCUGGGGCUUCACCCUGAAAGGUGGCCUGGAGCAUGGAGAACCGUUAAUCAUUUCCAAGAUCGAAGAAGGAGGAAAAGCUGACGUGGUGAGCUCCGGUCUGCAAGCUGGGGACGAGGUCGUGCACAUCAAUGAGGUGGCACUGAGCAGUUCCAGGAGGGAGGCUGUCUCCCUGGUGAAGGGGUCCUACAAGACCCUCCGGCUGGUGGUGCGCAGAGAUGUGUGUGCGGACCCGGGCCGUGCAGAUCCUGGCGCCUCUAACGCCCUCAGCUCAGAGCUGCUCGUCGGUGGUCCCCAGCAUCGGAAAGCGACAUGGUCAGGAGGGGUGAAACUUCGGCUGAAGCAGAGGUGCAGUGAACCCGCCGCUCGCCCUCACUCGUGGCAUACGACCAAAUUUGGAGAGAACCAGCCUGAUGCCAGCAUGAUGCAGAUAUCUCAGGGCACGAUGGGCCCUCCCUGGCACCAGAGCUACCAUUCCAGCUCUUCCACAAGUGACCUCUCCAACUACGACCAUGCUUAUCUGAGGCGGAGCCCUGACCAGUGCAGCUCCCAGGGGAGCAUGGAAAGCCUGGAGCCCGGUGGCGGGUACCCAUCCUGCCACCCUCUUUCGCCUGCCAAGUCCACGAGCAGCAUCGACCAGCUCGGCCACCUCCAUAACAAAAGAGACUCGGCGUAUAGUUCCUUCUCCACGAGUUCUAGCAUCCUAGAGUACCCACCCCCUGGUGGCUCCGGCCAAGAACGGUCAGCUUCCAUGGACCUGAUUUCUGCUCGAGGCGGCCUCCUAGAAGGGAUGAGGCAAGCAGACAUUCGCUACGUCAAGACAGUCUACGACGCCCGGAGGGGGGUCUCGUCCGAGUAUGAGGUGAACCCUUCCGCCCUGCUCCUUCCGGGUAGGGACGCCCACGCCCCAGCAGGUAUUCAGGGCUGUGCCAAGUGGCACAGCGUUCCCCGGGGCAAGGGGGCGCCGUCCCCAUCCUGGAGCCAGCAGUGCCCCGGCUCCUCGGAUGCCGCCACUGACAACCUGCCCCAUAGAGCGGGCGCCCCCACGCCCCCGACCCGGAGCGACAGCUACGCAGCCUUCCGGCAGCGCGAGCGUCCCGGCUCCUGGUCGAGCCUGGAUCAGAAGAGGUUCGGCAGGCCGCCCAGCAACUCCUCCUCGGGCCCCUCGAAGGCGCCGUUCCUCGAGGAACAGCUGCACACGGUCCUGGAGAGGAGUCCAGAGAGCAGCCCCCCGGUGAGGCCCAAGCAUGCCUAUACCCAGAAGGCACAGCCUGGCCAACCCCUGCUCCCCACCGGCAUCUACCCGGUGCCGUCCCCCGAGCCGCACUUUGCCCAGGUGCCCCAGCCGUCCGUGAGCAGCAACGGCGCCGUCUACCCUGCCCUGGUCAAAGAGAGCGGCUACGCCGCCGCCGCCCAGGGAGCAUGCAACAGGAUGGCUGCCUUGGAUGAGAACGGGAACCACGGGGAAGCCAGCAGACCCGGGUUCGCCUUCUGCCAGCCCCCCGAGCGGGACUCAGCGGCCCCGGCGGCGGCAGAGAGGAACCCAGAGCCCACGGCCAGAUUCGUCUCCUACAAAGUCCAUUUCUCUGCAGCGCCUGGAGGUGAGGACGCCUCCCUGAAGAGACACGUCGGGCCCCUCCAAGGCGGCAGCAGCCCAUAUCCCAGCGAGAGACGGAUCGCCAACCACCAGGGCCUCCAGGAAGAUCACAACGCCAACCCCCGGCAGAAACUGGAGCGGGAAGGUCACGGCGGCGGCGGCGGCGGCCAGAGCAACUUUGGCAGGUCCAAGUUGGCCUUCGCCUCCCUCCAGAACAUUCCAGAGAGCCUGGGGAGACGAAGCAGCAGCAGCGUGGAGCUCGGAGGAGAGGCCCAGGAGGGUUACCCCGGGGGCAGGGCCCCCUGCGCCCUCCACGCCACCGUCGAAGAGCCUGGGAGGAAGGCCGGGCCCGACGGCAGGAGCUACCUGGACCGGCCCGCUCCCUGCCCGAGGCCGGAGGGCAAGGUGCAGGCCGCGGAGCCCAGGUCUGCAGAGCCCCCGGCUCCCAGGAAACCCAGCUCCAGCAGCGCCUCCCCCUCCGCCUCCUCCGCCCUGCAGUACAGGAAGGCCCCGUGUUCGGUGCUGGAGAAGGUCUCCAAGAUAGAGGAGCGAGAGCAGGGCCGCCACCGGCUCCCCAGCGUGGGCAGCUCCACCACCUACGGCCUGAACGCCAGGCCCGGUCGGAGCAGCAGUGACUUUGAGGAUCCCAAAGCUGCCGCCGCCGCCGGCGUCCAUCUCUCCACAGAGGCCACGGAGCAGCCGCGCAACGGGGAGCAGACCUUCAAAAACGGGGAGGCGAAGCUCGAGGAGGCGCCCUGGCAGCCGUGCGGCCAGCCGCCGAGGAGGGCCGCCGAUGGCCGCGGACCCCCCGGCCGAGCUGCUGAGCCCCCGAGGCCUGAGGCCCGCCUGCUCCGCAGCCAGAGCACCUUCCAGCUCUGCAGCGAGGCCGCCGAGAGGGAAGCCGCCGCGUGGUCGGAGGACCGGCCCGGCACCCCCGAGUCGCCCCCGCUCGACGCGCCCUUCAGCCGCGCCUACAGAAACAGCAUCAAGGAUGCCCAGUCCCGCGUCCUGGGGGCCACCUCGUUCCGUCGCCGGGACCUAGAGCCGGGCACCCCCGCCGCCACCUCGAGGCCCUGGCGCCCGCGACCUGCCUCUGCCCACGUGGGGAUGCGGAGCCCCGAGGCCGCCGCCUCCGCUGCAGCAUCAGCAGCAUCAGCAUCCUCAUCCUCCCCACACACCCCUCGGGAGCGGCACAGCGUGACCCCGGCCGCACCCCAGGCUGCCCGGCGAGGUGCGCGGCGGCGCCUCACGCCCGAGCAGAAGAAGCGCUCCUACUCGGAGCCCGAGAAGAUGAACGAGGUCGGGGUGUCGGAGGAGGCUGAGCCGGGCGCGCCCUGCCGGCCCCCGCGGCCGAUGGCGCCGCCGCCGCCACGCUUCUCGGAGAGCACCGUGGCCGACCGGCGCCGCAUCUUCGAGCGCGACGGCAAGGCCUGCUCCAGUCUCAGCCUGUCGGGGCCCGAGCUCAAGCAGUUCCAGCAGAGCGCCCUGGCCGACUACAUCCAGCGCAAGACCGGCAAGCGGCCCGCCUCCGCCGCCUGCCCACAGGAGCCCGGGCUGCGCGAGCGCGCCCAGAGCGCCUACCUCCAGGCCGGCCCCGACGGCCCCGGCCUGGCCUCCGCCUGCAGCCUGAGCUCGCUGCUGCGGGAGCCCGAGGCGCUGCACCGCAAGGAGCACCCCCACCUGUCUGCCGCAGCAGCCGCAGAUGCACCCCAGGCGCCCCGGGAUCGCAGCAGCUCCUUCGCCAGCGGACGUCUUGUCGGGGAUCGACGACGCUGGGACCCCCAGGUCCACAGACAGCUGCUCAGCGGAGCUACCUGUGGACCCAGGGGCACCCAGAGAAUGGACAGGACCCCCGGCGGGCCGCCUUCCUGGGACAUGGUGGCCGCCAAGGCGGGGAAGUCCAAGUCAGCCGAGGAUCUGCUGGAGCGCUCUGAUACCCUGGCGGUCCCUGUGCACGUGAGGUCCAGAUCGUCUCCCACCUCCGACAAGAAAGGACAGGAUGUGCUCCUGAGGGAAGACGGCGGCCUUGGUUUCGUGAAGGACCCACGUUGUUUGGCUGGUACUGGAUUGAGGUCUGUCAGUUGCUCAGACAGAGGCCAGAAAGAGGCGGCAUUGUCCCAACACCACCCUGCCCCUUGCUGGAACGGCUCAGGCUACAAAGCCACCGUUGGUUCCUCAGCUCCUGCCGAAUGUUCUGGAGCCCCAGACCAUCUGAAGCAACUUAGAACACCCUGCCCUAGGCCACUUUCGGCAGGAAUGCAAGGCCACUUUCCAGAUGCCAGAGCUGCCUCCGUGGCCCCGCCCAGCUCCCCUCUGCCGUCCUCGGUCCCCUCCAGUUACCAUGCACAGCUCCCCGUGGACCAGCAGACUGACAGGAGCGGUCAGACUGGGCGGCAGCCUAUUCCGUCCUCCGCCCCCGCGGUGACCCUCGGACACGAUGGCCAGAGCCUGACCCAGCCUCCCAGCCCCAGAUGCCAUGAGUUCACCAGCCCAGAGCACGGCCUGGAAGAGGGAGUGUGGAAGAGAGGGUCCCUGCCUCAGCGACCCCCUCCACUGUGGGUGAAGUGGGCCCCCGCGGUCAGAGAGGACGGCCUUUCCGAGGACACCUCGGCGCCUGAGUUUGCAGACUGGAAGCACUAUAAAAACCAGAGUCUGCCCAGUUCAUGCAGCACCUCAGACCCAGACACUCCAGGAAGGAUCUCUCUCCGGAUAUCCGAGUCAGCCCUGCAGGCUUCCCCGCCACCCCGGGGGGACUAUGAUGAUGAAGUGUUUGUGAAGGACUCGCACCCCAAGGUUGCUUCGAGCCCCACCUUUGAAGUUCUUCCCCCGCCUCCGCCUCUACCUCCUCCGCCGAGCCAGGAAACCCUAGUGAAUGGCUCCGAUGACUUUCCUCCGCCUCCUCCCCAAGCCGUGGAUGAGGCACUCCUGGACAGCGAACCAUACCAGGAACCCGUAUGCAGCAGCAGUUCCCGCCGGUUUCCCAAGGUGACAGUCUCGAGGGGCGGGCACACGCCUGGUGCGCCCCCUUCCGAAGGUCGUGACAGAAUGACUCCCAGACCGCCCCAGACUGCAGCCGCAGGUUCGGAGGCCGAGUCCGGCGCGCUGGCUGACGGGAGUUCUCUUGGCAAGCAGCCCUCUCCCAGCCAGACCCAGAGCCUCGUCCAUGAUGAGCCUGUCGGUAGAACUCAGGACCUAGGAAAGAAAAUCCACGCCGAGCCCCAGAGGACCUCGGAAGAUAUCCGAACAGAGGCUCUGGCCAAGGAAAUUGUCCACCAAGACAAAUCUCUGGCGGACAUCUUGGAUCCGGACUCCAGAAGGAAGACAACGAUGGACCUGAUGGAGGGUUUGUUCCCCAGAGAUGCUAGUGUGCUGACGGAGAGCGGCGCCAAGAGGAAGGCCCUAGAAACAGCCGCCAGGCACCCAGGGUGUGAGGCCAAGAGGGGUGACGACAAGGAAGCCGCGGGCGUGCUGGUCAACUGCCCGGCCUACUACAGUGUGUCUGCUGCCAAGGCGGAGCUGCUGAACAAAAUCAAGGACAUGCCCGAGGAGGUGCCCGAGGAGGAGGAGGAGGAGCAGGAGGACGUCAACGAGAAGAAGGCUGAGCUCAUCGGAAGCCUCACCCACAAGCUCGAGACCCUCCAGGAAGCGAAGGGGAGCCUGCUCAUGGACAUCCAGCUGAACAAUGCCCUGGGAGAAGAGGUGGAGGCCCUCAUCAGCGAGCUCUGCAAACCCAACGAGUUUGACAAGUACAAGAUGUUCAUCGGGGACUUGGACAAGGUGGUCAACCUGCUGCUCUCGCUCUCCGGCCGCCUCGCCCGGGUGGAGAACGUCCUCAGCGGCCUCGGGGAAGACGCCAGUAAAGAGGAAAGGAGCUCCCUGAACGAGAAGAGGAAGAUCCUGGCCGGCCAGCAUGAGGACGCUCGGGAGCUCAAGGAGAACCUGGACCGGAGGGAACGCGUGGUGCUGGCCAUCCUGGCCAAUUACCUGUCGGCCGAGCAGCUCCAGGACUACCAGCACUUCGUGAAGAUGAAGUCCACGCUCCUCAUCGAGCAGCGGAAGCUGGAUGACAAGAUAAAACUGGGCCAGGAGCAGGUCAAGUGUCUGCUGGAGUCACUGCCCUCGGACUUCAGGCCCAAGGCAGGGGCCAUCUCCCUGCCCCCAGCCCUCACCAGCCCUGUGACUCCCCGGGGGCGCUCGGGACUCGGGGGCGUUUUCCCAGCGUUGACCUCUCCACUUUAACCUCUCCGGAAAGACCCAACCAAAAGACGCCACUCCCAACACUAUUUAAUCUGAAAGAUGUUUCACUACAACUGCAGUCUGGGCUAGGGGGUCUCUGGGGGGCUUCCGGGGUAAGAGGAGGAGAUUGCACCCAGGAAGACGCCCGUCUUUCCUUUGACGGUCGGUCUUGGGAGCUCGCGUGCGGCGGGGCCUUCCCACCUGUCUUUACCGUACGGUAGAAGGGAAGUUAAAGAUGCGGCCGCCGAGCUGAUGGGAGGGGGUUUGGUCGUGGAGGUUUUCCCAGGCUGAAGAGACCAGUGUGUGCCACCCUCAGGAAUGUAUCCACAGUGGCCUUCCUUGCUGGUGGGCAGCGUACCCUGAUGACGGGGUGCAAUACCAGUCUGAGACACAAAGCCUUAAAAAGAGACACACACGUGAAGAAAACUGUAAAACCUUGAACAUUUUUGUUAUUUAUAUUUUUAAAAAUGAAAGAGAUCAUUGUUUGUGUGCUAACCACUUACUUGAUUCUAUUUGUGGUGGAUGUAGACAAUUACGUGUGAGCUUUGCAUUUUGUGAAGACCUUAAUGAAGAAUUCCAAAGAUAGUCAAAUUGAA